AAACACACACACCAUUCGAGUCGAGAGAGAGAGAGAGAGAGAGAGAGAGAGAGGAGGGAGAAGGGAAGGAGAGAGAGAUGAACUCAGAAGGCGGAGCGUCACUGCCGUCAGGCCCAGACGCGAAGAAACGGCGAGUGAGCUACUUCUACGAGCCCACCGUCGGCGAUUACUACUAUGGCCAAGGCCACCCGAUGAAGCCCCACCGAAUCCGCAUGGCCCACAACUUAGUCGUCCACUACGGCCUCCACCGUCGGAUGGAGAUCAACCGCCCCUUCCCCGCCGGGCCCAUCGACAUCCGCCGCUUCCACGCCGACGACUACGUCGACUUCCUCGCCUCCGUCACCCCCGAGACCCUCGCCGAUUCCGUCCACUCCCGCCACCUCAAGCGCUUCAACGUCGGUGAGGACUGCCCCGUAUUUGACGGCCUCUUCGGUUUCUGCCAGGCCUCCGCUGGCGGCUCAAUCGGCGCCGCCGUCAAGCUCAACCGCCAGGACGCGGACAUCGCUCUCAACUGGGCCGGUGGGCUUCACCACGCCAAGAAGGCCGAGGCUUCUGGAUUCUGCUAUGUCAAUGAUAUCGUGCUCGGCAUUCUUGAGCUCCUCAAGGUUCACAGGCGUGUGCUUUAUGUAGACAUUGAUGUGCACCAUGGAGAUGGAGUUGAGGAGGCAUUUUACACCACUGACAGGGUCAUGACUGUGUCCUUCCAUAAGUUCGGGGAUUUCUUUCCUGGCACUGGGCACAUUAAAGAUGUUGGGGUUGGGACUGGGAAGAACUAUGCUUUGAAUGUCCCGCUAAAUGAUGGGAUGGAUGAUGAGAGUUUCCGUAGUCUGUUUAGGCCCGUCAUCCAGAAAGUCAUGGAGAUGUAUCAGCCAGACGCAGUUGUUCUUCAGUGUGGAGCGGAUUCUUUGUCUGGUGAUAGGUUGGGGUGCUUCAACUUGUCUGUCAAGGGCCAUGCGGAUUGUCUUCGUUUCCUGAGAUCUUUUAAUGUUCCUCUGAUGGUCUUGGGUGGUGGAGGUUAUACAAUCCGUAAUGUGGCUCGUUGCUGGUGUUAUGAGACAGCAGUGGCGGUUGAUGUGGAGCCUGAUAAUAAGUUGCCUUACAAUGAAUACUAUGAGUAUUUUGGGCCAGAUUACACUCUUCAUAUUGCCCCGUCCAACAUGGAGAAUCUAAACACACCCAAAGAUCUGGAGAAAAUAAGGAAUGCACUGCUAGAGCAACUUACUCGCAUACCUCAUACACCCAGUGUUCCUUUCCAGACAACACCACCAACUAGAGAAGUUCCAGAGGAGGCGGAAGAGAAAAUGGACGAAAGACCAAAGCCUCGCAUUUGGAAUGGCGAGGAUUAUGACUCUGAUCCUGAAGACGACAAGCAUUGGACUAAAUUCUCCACCCCUGCUCGUCAGCAUGCUGUUAAGUCUGAGAUGCAAGAUGUGGUUGUUAAUGUAGGGAUGAAGCAGACGAGAUGGAAGAAGAUAAAAAACAUCAUCUUCAUCAUCAUACUUCGUGCUGACGCGGAUGGAGUUUUUGUAGCUUCUAGUCGUAAUGCCCCUGUAUCACCUCGACGCGAGAUGUUGUUUAAGCAGAGUGAGGUUUGUUAAUGCCACAGAAUUUGUAGAAGGAAUCCUAUUAAUUAGUGAGGUAUUACGUAUUAGAGCAGCCAGUGAUGCCGAAUUUACAUUGUGUAAUACCGAAUUUACUGCCUUUUACAAUGUGUGAUACCGAAUUUACAUUGAUAGCAGCAGGCGAAUAUUACUUACAAUGUGAAAUACAACCUUCUGAUUAGAUAGUUGAAAAGGUUUA